AUGGCAGUAGUCCCCUCGAGGAACGCUCUCCGAAUCUUACGACAGUUAGCCUUUGCUGGAUCAACGGUUGGGGGCGUCUGUACCGUCGCCGCGAUUACCUACGAUGCUCAUCGCCGGGCCACCAUAGCCGAGAAGAUAGUCAAAAACAAGCGGACUCUACAGACAUCAACGCCGUACUACAAUGCUACAUCGGCUGCAAAAAAGCUUGCACUGAUGGUAGAGGCGGCAGAAGCAGGAGAAUAUGAUGGAUUGGCAUCUUUGAAACAAGCUGGUUGGAAUAGGGAAUCGCAUGAUCACGGGCACAAUCCAGUUUCCGAACCCCUACCUGACCCCGGCGACAUUGACGUGGAGGUAAAAGGCUCGAGACAAAACUUGAUUCACGAGCGGGAGUAUCAGAAAUACCCAAGUCAUAUUACGCAUCGAGAUUUGAUAGCAGCAGCGGAUGACUUGGAACGUGCGGCUGUUACAAAGUCCUGGCUAACGAACCGUUCCGAAGCUAUCAAUUUUUCAGUAUACGAUCAAGAACCAGCAGACGAUCAGGAAAUAGCAAACGACCGAGAAUCAGCAGACGAUCAAAAUUCGGCAUACGAGCAAGCAUCCGAGUCCUCCAUUAAGACCAGCGAUGAAAGUCCGGCAAUUCGAACUGUUCGUGAUCUCUUCGAGCGAGGUAAAAUUAUUGAAGCCGCAGAGUUCUUCCUUGAGACACAUUCGCAGUCGACAGAAAAUUUAUCUUUGAGAGAUCGCGAGCUUGCAGUGAACAUUUUUUACGCUAAUUGCGCGGAUGACAACGUCUGGGUGGCAAGAAAUAUAUUUAAACAUAUUGAGUCUCGGAGCAGUAUCUCUCCACGAAUGUGGAAGAGGCUGAUCAUUGCUUUGACGAAAGCACACGCGAUUGAAUCAGCUUCACAGUUGAUCUUGAAAUAUAGCGACGAUAUUCCGAUACCAUUCUACCUAGCCGAACUGGUAAUACGAUGUCUGCUCGAGACUCAUCGGUUCAGCGACGCUGCUUCAAUACUGUACAGAAAUGUCUCCAAAGAUCAGGACUGCACUCUGUGCGGCGUAUUUCUAGACAAUUUAUGGAAGAAGUCGCGAAGUAUUGACCUCAUGAAUCGAAAAUUUGAAAAACUUAUGGUAAUAUUACGCCGCUUCGAUCGACAGCCCACCGCUAAAUUAUUCAAUCCCAUGGUGAGAGCCUAUGUCUCUUUCGGUCGAUUCGCAGACGCGGAGGCCUUGGUCAAUGACAUGAUUACAGUAUACGGUGUUGCGCCAAAUUGUCGGACCAAAGGCCUAUUAUUACUUGGACAGGCAUAUCGUUGCAACUGGAAGGAAGUCAAAGAUGGCUUACAAGAAUUACAUGAUCUGGGCAUGACUGCCGAUGAUCGCAGCUUCAUAAAGGCUUUCACAGCAUUGUUUUUAGAAUACUGGCCUACGCAUAACGCUGCGGAUAUACGUGAUUUUUUCAUGAACGCUGUCGAGCGAUAUUCGCUCACGCCCGAUCAAAAACUCUAUGAGCAUGUCCUACAAGCAUAUAUACAAAAAGGCAACGCAAAUCUCGUUACCGAGCUAGCCCAUCUUGCAGUGAAGUGUGGGUGGCAUGUGGAAGUGAAAGAGGAGGACCUUGUUAAACAGCUACAAAUUCACCGCCGGAGAGUUGAAAACAGUCCCGUCGGAUUUUGGCAACUGCUGAAUGCUGCUCGGGGGACCUAUGGCCAGGCAGCGGCCUCUCAACAGAUCUUGGGCUACGACCAGCGCUCUGUACCUUGGCCGGAGGCCAACUGUGCUCUUUACUCGGAUCAGUGGCCGAAUUGGUACCGCCGAGCAGUGAAGGGCAUUAUGACAGACAGACCGAUUGACCAGUAUCCGCAGCUGGACGUACAAAUGACCGAAGCUUUGCAUAGGGGUGAUUUUGAGUCUGUAUUGUGGUAUUACGAGAACGCUGCGGCUGCGGGCUAUGUAUUCCAGUCUCAGCAUGUGGAAUUAGCGGCAAUUGCUACGCUUGUCAAAGAGGGGCUUGUGCCGACGCAGAAGCUCGUUGAAAAACACUGGGAGGUCAUGAAGACUAAAUUUAUCGUUGUCCCACAAUUCUUUGUACAGAUCAUGGAUAGCGACGCAUUACCGGAAACUGAGGUCAUGAAGUUGGCAGUGUUUCGAUUUUAUACUUUGUGCUGGGAGUCUUCACACCGGACGUUUGAGCAUCGAUUCUUGAACCAUAUUGCGACUCGAUACGUUGAGCAAGGCAAACCAGAUGCAGCGCUGGAUUUGAUGCUUACAGUAUACAAAUCGCGAUGGGGCCGCCAGGAACGGCUUAAUGGAGAGAGUAUGAGGACCAUGAUGCGAGCUUUUCUUCUAGCUGGUCAUCUCAAAGGGAUCCGGUGGUGUCUUCUUACAACCAUCGCUCGCGAUUCUACCGAAAAUAAGGAACUUAUUGUUGACGCGCGCCGUGCUCUGGUCACGGCKCAUGUAAAGAAACUCGGUUGGAAGGGACGACCGAAAGAACGAUUUCGUUUCCUCAGACAUCUCGGCAAACUGGUCAGGAUUCUGGAAAAGAAGAGUGAUGGAGAUCCUGAGCUCGUAUCCCUGUUGAUCAAUAACAAGCGAGACAAGAGGAUGUCCAAAAAUUUCUACCACCCACAGAUUCACAAAUGGCAAGACGACAAGACUCUGACUCUCCGGAAAACCAUUGCAUAUUGGGACGAGGAGCGAGAAUUAGAGUGGGUCACAACAGUACCGAGCGAGAUCUGGCAAACGCCGGAGAAAGUAUGGGAACUGUGGAAUGAGCAGCGUGUUACAAGUGAGGAGGAAAGCACUGAGUAG